UGCGCCCUACGAGUGUAGACAUGUCAAAAACCAGGGUCCAGCGUCGUUGGUAGGAUUUUGGUCCACAACGACAAGCUGUAAAAGAGAAAAUUGACGCGGGUUUUCUAGAGCUCUACUAAAGAGUAUGCGUCAGGCACGAGUACGAGCGACAAAAGAAAGGCUACGAUAUACGCGGUACAUGAGGCUAGUCCGGGGAUGCGGACCUCCCGCAGAGGGUCGGAUGCAGGGCGCUGCAAGUCCUUUAUGGGGCCUGGCUACACCGCCGAUUCCAGGUAUACAUUGUUCGCGAAACAGCGGUAAAGAAGGGCAAUUGUUGGGAAGGAAGUGUGCUGUAACAUCUGAUUUAGACUGGAAUCCAAUCAAUCGAGGGCUGCCGCGUGGCAUUGGUCGUGGUUGGUGUUCCAGGCCGUGCUGUUGCUGCAUCAACGCGUUGUUUGGGUGACGUAGGUCGCGUCCCCAACCUCGUCCUAACCUCCUGCAUUUGCUCACCAGCCACCCGCACCCAACACGCAUCAAACCAAAAGUUAACGGGGGCUACGCUUCCACAUUCCAAACCCCACACUAC